GAGCUUAAUUGAUGGUUAGUUCAUGACAUGUUCAUGACCAUCCGGUAUGUUCAGCCGCAGCAAAUAAAAGCAAAAACAAAACAAAACAUAUAUGAUAACAGCAGCAGCACCAUAUUUAUAUUUAUAGAUAUUAACAUAAUCAGGGUCUAAACAUUAACGUGAAAAAAAAACUAUCAAUCGAUCUCUCUGGAGAUACCAUACUUAAAAACUUGAGAAAUAUAUAGAUUAAGAUAUAUAUAGAGAGGGAGAGAGAGAGAGAAUGGUAGAAGGAAGAGAAGGAGAUUGGGAGUGCAGUGGAUGCAAGAACAGGAACUACGCAUUCAGGUCGUUCUGCAACAGAUGUAAGCAGCCGCGGCUUCUCGUCGAUACCAAAACCCCCUCUGACUCCAAGUGGCUCCCCCGUAUCGGCGAUUGGAUCUGCACCGGUUGCACUAACAACAAUUAUGCAUCAAGAGAAAAGUGCAAAAAGUGCGGGCAACCAAAGGAGGUAGCAGCAAUGCCAGCAAUUGCAAUGCCUGGAGCUUCUCUCCCGACUUAUUCACAUUAUUUUGCCAGGGCCCAAGGAGGACCAGAACAAAAGAUGAAUAUUGGAUUAAUUGGCAAUGGAGCUCCCCAGCAGGCACUUCCUUUGAGCUCCAACUGGUCUGUAGGAGGAUCUGAUAAUUAUGGAGUUCAGCCUGCUUCUGCAUGGCCCUUAGGUGGUAACCAUAAUUCUUUACUUCCGUACCCAGACCCUGCUAAUCAGCUUCUUUCAGUUCCGAAAGGAUGGCGCAAUGGUGACUGGAUUUGCACCUGUGGCUUCCAUAAUUACUCUUCACGUGCCCAGUGCAAAAAAUGCAAUGCUUUUCCACCAGCACUUGGAACAAAGCGAUUAGCAUCUGAUGAGUUUGUGCACGAUUGGGAUAACAAGAGACUGAAUGUAGGACAAACAAAUGGGCAGCUGCAAUCAUACCCAGUUUUUGAUCAAAUAAUUGGGACCAGUGCUGACCCAAAUAACAGACUCUAUGCUCCCUACCCUAAUGUAAGCUCCAGUACUGCUACAAAUUUGCAAGCACCCAUGCUGCCCAUGCCAUUUCCACAGCAAGCAACUACACCUACUCUGCUUGGAAAAGGAGCAAAACAAUGGCGUGAUGGAGAUUGGAUGUGCACAACAUGCAACAACCAUAAUUAUGCAUCCCGCUUACAAUGCAAUAGGUGCAAGACUCAAAGAAAUGCACUCUCUCAGCCUGUCAAUGCCAUGUAGCCGCAAAUAUGUGAUCUCUUUUGGGUUGUUGUAUCUGUAAUGGGUACCUGUUGAGGUUUUGUUUUGGCUUUUUGUUAGGUAAUAUGCUGGCGGGAACAUGAAUUUGUUACAGGCUUGUUUUAUUCCCAUACGAUAGACAAUAGUCAUAGUCAUUCUAGAAAUGUAGCAUUAGUAUUUCAAUCCCUGAGUGUGUAAUUGACAGCUUAGAUUGUUUUCAUUUGUUAGUGAGAGUGUUGGUGCGGCAUGCAAGUUUCAAGUUGCAUGAUUACUGUCCGAUAUGUUUUGGUGACUAUAGUCAUGAGUUGGUGUUUUAUAAUGGCCAAAGCUAGCUUCAAAGUUUUGUUCCCAAAA